AUGGCUUUAAAGGAACUGACAUUUAUUCUUGUGAUGUGUUCUUGGAUUGUCUGUACUAACGGGGAUGAAUUCUUCACUUCAACAGAUAAAAUGUCACAACUUUAUGAAGAAGAGGAAUUCCUUCUGAAGACCUUCAGUUUGUACAUUGAUGCUGAAGAAGAAAAUGUAAAGAUAAUGAAGAGGCUUCUUCUGCUGCUUCAACUGGGCUCAUUCUUAGACCCUGUGGACCCUGAAAUCAAAGACCCUGUGGCAGCUUAUAAACUCCUCAGACGAGUGAGGGCUGAAUGGAUAAACAUUGUAGAUUACACUCAACAGAGUCUUUAUCAAUUGUAUCAGACAGUGCUGACAUAUGCACAAAUCCCACAGCCAGAGGACUUGGAUGGUGCCGCUUCAGGACUGAUCAGACUGCAAGAGAUCUACAAACUCUACCCACACAACAUCACAAAGGAAAUGUCUCUAAGCGCGGAUGAAGCCUACCAUGUGGGGUUGGUCGCUUAUAACGAGCACAAAUUCCAGCAUGCUUUUCUCUGGUUUCUGUACAGUCUGGACAGAUCAACACAAUACUCCAACACUACUAAGGAAAAGUUGCUCCUUUACCUUAGUUUAUCUGCCUAUCAUUUUGGCAGCCUACCUGUGGCAAUCUACUUCGGCCAACAGCUUCUAAAUCUGGACCCAACUAACGAUGAAGUCAAAGUUCUGCUGGGCCUUUACAGACGCCUUCGCUUCCAGAGAACUUCAAACCCUGACAUAUUAAGACUGAACAACGAGUCAAGUAAAUAUGAGACACUGUGCAGAGGAGAGGUUGAUGAGAGGACCUCUAAGAGGCAGAGGGCGCUGUCCUGUAGGUACAGCACAGGUGGAGGAAACCCCAGACUGAUGUAUGCACCAGUGAAAGAGGAAGUGGAGUGGGACGAGCCUGGCAUCAUCAGAUAUCAUGACAUUAUUUCAGACAGAGAGAUAGAGAUCCUGAAGAAUAUCUCCAGACCUCUGCUUUCUAGGUCUUUGACUACAGGGGGAGUGUCGAAGAAUCGUACUUCUCAAGGUGUUUUUCUAAAGGAAGACAAUAUUGUGGUUGCUCGUAUCAGUCAGAGGAUAGCAGACAUCACAGGACUCUCCCAGAAAUCAGCUGAAAACCUAUUUGUUCAGAAUUAUGGGAUUGGUGGCAGAUAUGAACCACAUUAUGAUGAAUUGGAUGAUGAGAAUGGAAGGAUUGCUACGUUCUUAAUUUAUAUGAGUGAUGUGGAGAUAGGGGGCGCCACUGUGUUUCCUCAAGUUGGCGUUGCAUUGAAACCAAAAAAGGGUUCAGCCGUGUUUUGGUACAACCUCCACAAGAAUGGAAAUGUGGAUUUGAAUACAAAACAUGCUGGAUGCCCUGUGUUAAGGGGUAACAAAUGGGUGGCUAAUAAAUGGAUCCAUGAGUUUGGACAAGAGUUCAGGAGACGCUGUUCUUUGUCAUACUGGGAGUGAAAGACACUGAGACCAUGGAGAAAUCAUAUCAAGUGCAUCUGUACUAUAGAAGUAUCUGUUAUAUUUAUUAUGUAUCAUGUAAGCUUUGUAUAUAGGAUCUGUAACACAGAUAGCUACUGUAUUGUAUGCAUUUUAACAGUGAUUUACUACUGUCAAGGUGCCAGUAAUAUUAAUAAUAAUUGUAAUGUACAAUAAAAAGUGCAAUAGAGUAAAAUAAAGUUUCA